AUGCUGCCGUACUUUUUCCCUGACCUCGCCGCUUUUGCCACAGUCGCUGACCUCAUUACCCACCUCCGCACCAGUGACACUCGCUACCGCGCUGCGCUUCCUACCAAGUUCUGCGCCAAGAACCCCCCCCCCCCUAUGUACAUCACCCUCUACUACCACGUCACCCGGCUCCCUGACUCCCUUCGUCCAGUCAGGGACCACUUCCUCUCCCUUUGCCCCACCACACUCACUGUUGACCUCCUCGAGGAGCGCCUCCUUGCAGCUGAGAAGAGUGUAGUAGCUGUAGGAGCCUCUCGUGGUGACCCUCGUGCCCCUUUCUUUGAGGGGUUCUCCCCUGUCCCCCUCUUGCCCUCUCUUGCCUCUGCUGCUACAGUCGACCUCGUUGGCACUGAGUCGGGCGGCGCUUCGUCUACUCCUAGUGGGAGACACCGCAGUGGCAAGGGCAAGGGGGGGGAGGGUGGUGGAGGGGACGGCGGGGGUGGCGGGGGUGGCGGUGUUGGCGGUGGUGGUGGCAGUGGAGGAGGUGGAGGGGGUGGGGGUGGAGGUGGGGGUGGCGGCGAGAGUGGGGGCUUAGGUGGCGGUGGUGGAGGUGGAGGCGGCGGCGGCAGCGGCAGUGGGGGUGGCGGCGGCGGUGGUGCUGGUUGGGGUGGCGCAGUGCAGUGGGGAGGCUUUGGCGGUGGCCAGCGCCAGCAGCAGCAGCGUUCUCGUGAGGCCCUGUCGCCCCAGCAGCUUCGUGAGUGGUACGCUAGGCGUGGGAGGUCAGGGGGUGCUGGUCCCUGCGCUUACGUUCUCCGCACCGGCGAGCACAGUGGAGAGACUUGUGGCAGCCUGCACGCCACGCACCACUGUUUCGGUCGCCUGACUAAUGCCCGGCGUGCACAGUUUCCUGACGCCACUGAGCUCCUUUGCUGGGGUGAUCUGCUUAGGUCGGGGGUUGCUAUCUUUGAUCUUGAUUAUGAUGCUAUCCUUGGUGCUAUGUAUGCUAUGACUAUUAGUGCUGAGGGUGACUGUUCCCUGUGUGUUCCGCUCGACCCGGGCAUUGAGGCUGCUGCUCUAGGUACUAGUGAGCCUGCUGCUCCAGGUGCUGGUGAGGCUGCUCUCUCAGGUACCGCGUCGGCUCAGGCCUUGCACACUUUCACCCUUGACUCAGGUGCUUCCCGCUCCUUCUUUCGUGAGUGCACCACACUCACGCCACUCAGUCGGCCAGUGGCAGUCUCCCUAGCUGACCCCUCUGGGGGUCCGGUCCUUGCACACUCCUCCACUGUUCUGCCAUGUCCGACGGUCCCGUUUGGCUCUCUGUCUGGCCUCCACCUCCCCUCGUUCACCACAAACUUGGUCAGUGAAGCUGACCUUCAGGACGUGUGGGUUGAGCAGUUCACUCCUAGAGUCGCGUCUGGUCAGGUGUUUGCUGCAGCGUCCCGGUCUGGUCCUGAAUCUGCCCCCUCCUCGUGUCGCCUCCUGUCUCACCAGACUCGCGGCAGACGAGCAACGGACCCACGGGCGGCUGGCACAGCUGGCUACGACUGA